AGCAGCUUUUGUGUCUUUAUCGUAGACAAUCUCGUAAAAGAAAAGGCAGAGUUCGGAAUCCAUGGAGUACGAAAACCAGAAAGUUCUAGAGCCAUGGCAUCGGUUAGACGGAAAGGUGGUGAUGGUGACGGGCGCCUCUUCGGGUUUCGGCCGUGAGCUCUGCUUGGAUCUUGCGAAGGCCGGUUGCAUGAUAGUCGCCGCUGCUCGGCGUAAAGAUCGACUGAAGUCUCUCUGCAACGAAAUCAACCAAUCGGGUUCAGUGUCUUCYGGCUCUUCGUCGGAGUACGACAAGCCUCCUGCAGCCAGAGCUGUUGCGGUGGACCUCGAUUUAAAUGCCAAGGGGCCUGUCAUUGAGGCUUCCGUCCGGAAGGCGUGGGAUGCUUUCGGUCGAAUUGAUGCCUUGGUUAACAAUGCUGGAGUUCGAGGUGGGGUGAGUACCCCGCUGGAUUUCCCUGAAGAUGAAUGGAGCAAUAUAGUCAAUACUAAUCUUACAGGAUCUUGGCUGGUAACCAAGUACGUUGGUAGAGAAAUGAGCAAACAUAAUUUGAAAGGAUCGAUUGUUAAUAUUACAUCAAUAGCUGGUACCGAGCGUGGACAGCUUCCUGGAGGUUGUCCUUAUACUGCUUCCAAAGCAGGACUGAAUGCACUGGCCAAGGUAUCGGCUGUGGAGCUGGGAGUGCACAAGAUAAGAGUUAAUGCAAUAGCACCUGGGAUAUUCAAGUCUGAGAUCACUGAGAAACUGAUGCAGAAACAAUGGCUCACGAAUGUGAUGAAGAAAACUGUUCCUCUUGGAACAUUUGGCACAUCAGACCCAGCAUUGACAUCUCUUGUUCGAUAUUUGAUCCAUGACUCAUCAGGAUAUGUGUCUGGCAAUGUGUUCAUCGUCGAUGCGGGGGCCACUCUUCCGGGUGUCCCCAUUUUCUCUUCCCUUUGAUCUUCUGUGGUGUCUCUGUUUUUUCUUCCGAAUGAUCUUUGUAUGUAAUUUAGGUUUUAUGUAUGAAUAAGGCGUGGCUUGGUUGUAUUGCUUUGCUCCUAGUCAGUCCAAAUCUCUCUUUAAUGCCAAAGUUUCUUGGUGCUGGGUCAUGGUGGAGUCUAAUUUCCAGUCUUCUUGACCACAGGGGUGUCAAUG